AAUAGCUGGCGGAUCUUUCUCGUGAGUAGCCAUCUAGAAGCUUCAGCAGUUAAAGACCUACACUUCUACCAGCCUCAGCUUCCAGUUGGCUUACUCCUGCUUGCUCUAUUUUCUGCUGGUUGGACAUAAGGCAUGCAGCACUGUGACCUCACACCCUGGGAACUUGAUGCUGCCCAUUGUGCAGUGUGUGCAGAUCGCACGCUGCAGCCUGAUUCCUGGAGCGCAGUGGCCUCUGCUGCUCUGGAGGCUGCAUGUAGGCACCCUGUGCAUGCUGAGACCCAUUUUCCUCUGCUCUUUGUAGUUCUUGCAGCUGACAUGUCAUCAGGUGAAGAGACUGCACUGGUGUCUCUAAAGACUAUUUUAAAGCUGCAGCUGUUAUUAGUCCAGAUAUUCUCACCUGAGAAUGAAAGAGAAGAAAGAAGCCACAGGCUCUCUGGUGCCAUACUGUCCAGUGAAGAGGCUGUGCUGCUGUAUUUAAAACAGCGUCUCAAGCUAUUGCUGUGAUUUAUCUUUCAUUUUCUGGCCUGAAAGACAUUCAGGGAAAGAGGAAGAGAUGGCAGUUUCUUGGGCCUCAGUGACUUAUGAAGAUGUAACUGUGAUAUUCACUCAAGAGGAGUGGGCACUAUUAAAUCCUGCAGAGAAGAAACUCUACAGAGAUGUGAUGUGGGAAAACUUCAGGAAUUUUCUUGCAAUAGAAGUACAAGAACAUUCCACCAAAGAGCAGAAUAACUUGCAUGGGAGUAAACAAAGUAAUACAGCAAUGAAUAUCUUUGAGGCCAAAGAAAAUCAUAAUGGUAGAAAAUCUCAAGAAUGUGAAGUAUACAACAAAUUAUUCACUUAUUCUAUUCAUCUUCAAAAACAUGAAAGAAUUCACAGUGGAGAGAAGCCCUAUGAGUGUAAACAAUGUAGUAAAACAUUCAGUUGUUCCAGUAAUCUUCGGACACAUGAACGGACUCACAGUGGAGAGAAGCCCUAUGAAUGUAAACAAUGUAGUAAAACAUUCAGUUGUUCCAGUAAUCUUCGGACACAUGAAAGAAUUCACACUGGAGAGAAACCCUAUGAAUGUAAACUAUGUAGUAAAACAUUCAGUUGUUCCAGUACUCUUCGGACACAUGAAAGAAUUCACACUGGAGAGAAACCCUAUGAAUGUAAACAAUGUAAUAAAACAUUCAGACGUUCCAGUAAUCUUCGAUUACAUGAAAGAACUCACAGCGGGGAGAAACCCUAUGAAUGUAAACUAUGUAGUAAAACAUUCAGCUGUUCCAGUACUCUUCGGACACAUGACAGAAUACACAGUGGAGACAAACCCUAUGAAUGUAAACUAUGUAGUAAAACAUUCAGUUGUUCCAGUAAUCUUCGGACACAUGAAAGAAAUCACAGUGGAGAGAAACCCUAUGAAUGUAAACUAUGCAGUAAAAUAUUCAGUUGUUCCAGGACUCUUUGGAAACAUGAAAGAAUUCACAGUGGAGAGAAAUCCUAUGAAUGUAAACAAUGUAGUAAAACAUUCAGUCAAGCCAGUCAUCUUCAGAAACAUGAAAGAAUGCAUAGUGGAGAGAAACCGUAUAAAUGUAAACAAUGUAGUAAAACAUUCAAUUAUCUCAGUCGUCUUCAGAGACAUGAAAAAAUUCACAGUGGGGAGAAACCCUAUGAAUGUAAACAAUGUAGUAAAGCAUUCAGGGAUUCGAAUUCUCUCCGAUUACAUGAAAGAACUCACAGUGGAGAGAAACCUUAUGAAUGUAAACAAUGUAGUAAAACAUUCAGUCAAGCUGGUCAUCUUCAUAUACAUGAAAGAAUUCACAGUGGAGAGAAACCCUAUGAAUGUAAACAAUGUAGUAAAACAUUUAGUUAUUCCAGUCAUCUUCAGAGACAUAAAAGAAUUCACAGUGGAGAGAAACCCUAUGAAUGUAAACAAUGUAGUAAAGCAUUCAGCUGUUCCACUUCUCUUCGGAUACAUGAAAGAACUCAUAGUGGAGAGAAGAACCCCUAUGAAUGUAAACUAUGUAGUAAAACAUUCAAUUGUCCCAGUCAUCUUCAGAUACAUGAAAGAAUUCACAGUGGAGAGAAACCCUAUGAAUGUAAACAAUGUAGUAAAGCAUUCAGGUAUUCUAAUUCUCUUCGGUUACAUGAAAGAACUCACAGUGGAGAGAAAGAAACAAUGUAGUCAUUCGUAUAAGCCAGUUUUCUUUGGAGAAAUGAAAGAUCUCACAGUGGAGAGAAACCCAGUGAAAGUAAACAGAAAAACAUUGAUUUAAGCCAGUCAUCUUUGUCAACAUGAAAUACCUCACAAUGGAGAGAAACUUGAUUGUUUACAUUGAGCAGUUCUCUGGUAAUAAAAAGAAAAAAAAAUUCUUUUCAGUGUAGACAUUUUAGAAUGACUUUACAGACCUAGGAAGGAACUUGUACUGGAGAGACCAGUGACUGUAAAACAGUAGAAUAAUAAUGAAUGCUAUAAUAUAUAAAUCUUUUUUUUGCAUAUGUGUAGUGGAAAAGUACAUUUUACCUCUAAAUUUCUCUUUUUAUAAUUUGUAUUUAAAAUACUUUUAUUUGGUAAGACAGAGAGAAACUGGGAGGUGGUAGUAUGAGAAAUAGAACCACCUUCAACACUGUCUGACAGUUUGUGAAAGCUUUUGCCCUGCAUGUGGACACGGGGCUUUUACCCAUAUCCUUGUCUAUAGUAUCUAAUUUUGAUUAACAAGUUGGAAGUUUGAAACAGUCUUACCCACUCUACCCCCUUCUCUGUUGAUUUUUCUCUAUCCUAUUAAAGAAAAUAAAGUGUUAAAAAUUA